GUCAGAGGUCAAGGGGGGCCCUUGACAAACGUGUCAAGCCAGUCUUGGCUGUGAGCGGCGGUGGGGUCGCUGCGGGGGCUACAGUGGUAACAAAGCAAAUUUGCCGCCAUUGAUCGGGCGGGCGGGCGUAUUGGAGAGGGAGAAGGUGAGGACAUAUCAGAUCAGCUUCAUAACCCAAGAGGACGGGGUUUAUAGAGCUUUACCGGCAACACGUCCAACCGAAUGGAAGCGUGACACCCGAAACACUGACUAACGCCUCUCCCUGAGGGACACGGCCUGGCCUGGGUCAACACAAACCCCUUGGCGGGAGACAUUCCUCAUUUUUGAGAUUCGGGGAAGAAACUGGGACUUGAUUUUGAAAAGCCAAUAUGGCUGCUUCCCACUGAAGGAGUUUUUGGCUGGAGAGUAAACUAAAGUUUGUUUCCUGUACUUUCAUGUGAAGAGGAGAUUCAACUACUUCUGAAACCUAAAGCAAUCUGAAGUGAAUUUUUUUCUGGUGAAAGAAAAUGAGACGACUCCAAAUGUGCCAUGCUGGAGGUGUAAAGAAUAUGAUCAAAGAAAAAGGCAUUUUGUAAGUGAAUUGUUGAUGGAGUCUAUAAACCAGCAUGUGGGACAGAAAAUGGCACAUUUCAUUGCAUGGCUUAACCCCACAGGAAUCGGCCGUCUUUCCUCGAAGGACCCCGGGACAGAAAGGAGGGAAAGGAGGGGGAGAGGAGAGCCGUUUAGCAGCCUGGACAGAGUGAGUGACAUCUUCAUGAGAGGGGUAACAGUCGACAUGCAGCACUAUGGAGUGAAUGGCUACUCGCUGCACGCGAUGAACUCCCUCAGCGCCAUGUACAACCUCCACCAGCAGGCAGCGCAACAGGCCCAGCACGCACCUGAUUACAGGCCUUCUGUACACGCCCUCACUCUCGCUGAGAGAUUGGCUGACAUCAUCCUGGAGGCUCGCUACGGCUCCCAGCACCGCAAGCAGCGGCGCAGCCGCACGGCCUUCACCGCGCAGCAGCUGGAGGCCCUGGAGAAGACCUUCCAGAAGACCCACUACCCGGACGUGGUGAUGCGCGAGCGGCUGGCCAUGUGCACCAACCUGCCCGAGGCCCGCGUCCAGGUGUGGUUCAAGAACCGGCGCGCCAAGUUCCGCAAGAAGCAGCGCAGCCUGCAGAAGGAGCAGCUGCAGAAGCAGAAGGACGCGGCCGAGGGCCCGGCGGCGGGGGAGGGCAAGGCCGAGGCGCCCGCCGCUGGCGUCACCGAGGCGCAGACCCCUCCUUCCUCCUCCUCUUCCUCCUCCUCCUCCUCCUCAUCCUCCACAGCUUCUUCCUCCUCGGAGGCAGAGAGGCCUCAGCUGCCCCUGCCGGCCGAACUGAGCGUGGAGGUGAACGUCACCUCGGCCGAGCAGUCGGACAGCGAAUCGGCCGCGGAGGACACCGCGGAGGAGGAGCUCAAGCAGCUGAGGGAGGAGCCAAAGGGCGACAAGGGUCUGUUGCCUGGCGGCAAGUCUCCGCCCUGCAAACAGCUGAGCCCCAAGCCAGAUUCUCCGCUGGGCUCCCCGGUGGCCUCGUCCUCGAGCGGAGUCAGCGGUGGGAUGUCACAGAGCCACUCGUACUCCUCGUCCCCCCUCAGCCUCUUCCGCCUGCAGGAGCAGUUCCGCCAGCACAUGGCCGCCACCAACAACCUGGUGCACUACUCCUCCUUCGACAUGGGCGCGCCCUCCUCCAUGCCCUACCUGGGCAUGAACGUCAACCUCCCCACGCCGCUGGGCUCCCUGCCCUGCCAGCCCUACUACCAGUCCCUGUCCCACGCGCAGCAGGUGUGGAACAACCCCAUCCUGCAGGCCUCCGGCACCCUCCCUGCCCUCAACAGCAAAACCACCAGCAUUGAGAACCUGCGCCUGCGUGCCAAGCAGCACGCCGCUUCGCUGGGCCUGGACACCAUGCCCAACUGACGCCCAGCUCCACGGCCUGGCCGGGAACCAAAUCCCCCCCUGCUUCCUUUACCACCCCGACCCCAUCCCACAUCAACCGGACAGCUAAGACCCGGACACUUUUCCCAAAAUGUGGUCUUUCCUGCUGUUGGGACUGAGAGAUUCACCUGCGCUGCUUGAACUGAACCCUGAGCCAUUUUCGUUCAGUUUUUGUCACAAUGUCGACCACCCUCAGAAAAUAUGGUGAGAAUACAUUCCUCUUCGAGUCAGGAGGAAGUGAUCAAAGAAUUCAACAACUGCUAGAGCAGUGGCAUACGGACUGGCAUUGAUGGAAAAAAUAUGUGGAUGUUUUUUUCUGGAUUGUCAUCAUCAGAACUCCACGUUUGACUGGGGUGGAUGGACUGUAAGACCGGGCUACAACAAGGGCCUUUCUGCUUUGUAAAUAGCUUUCCAUGUUUGUUCAGACCUCCCUGGUUACAGUGUAUCAGUUGGUGUUGCCUUCUGUGAAGAUGUUUCAUUAGCAAUAUCAAUUUCCAUAUCGUGAUAACAAAUAAAAUAAAGUAUGAAGGAGACACAAAUGAAGGAAAAUAAGACUUAAAAAUUAAGCUUUGAUGCUACAUGUCUCUUCAAAGCGGAGUUUUUUCAAAAACAAUCUGACAUUUUGACCACAUUGCCUAUGUUCCAUUCAAGUACAAAUUGUUAUUAUAAACCUAAGCCAUGCGUUCUUUGAUUGCUAAAUUAAAUGUGACUAAUUUCUCUGUUUUAUGACCAGGAUUGAACCACUUGUAAGGAGAAUGACUCCUUAAUGAGGAAAUGAUUUCAGCGACUAAAUGCACAAGCUGUUAAUUACUUUAUGGCUUAGGGCAACAGAAAAUUAUGCCAUUAUGAGCUGUGCCUAAAAUGUGAAUUGCGCUUGAAUCCUCAACAAAUAGGUUACAGAGGCAAGAAAUAUUUACGCUCUGCCCCAACACCAGUAUCAGAUGUGUCUUUGCUUAGAAACAGUUUUACCACUAGUGGUCAAACAAUUAUGAAACUGAAAUAUUCCUGUCAGUCCUGCAGCAGAGAUUCUAACCGUAACACAGCCCAGAGAACUGAUAGUUUACAUUGACCUUAAGGCUGAUGUGUAUAUAAAGUUGCCACUGUCUGGGGACGUUCCCUGUGAGAUACUCCCUGUGUAAAGCACUUGCAGGAAGCAAGACCUGUCCUCUCUUGCCUAUUAAAGGUCUGAGCUCAUCCACUAGAUGUAAAUUAUUUUAUAUGUAGAUUAAGAGAAAAAUACUUUAUAUGUAAAUGUCAUCCGUCAUACAAAUAAGGGAUACUUAAGGUCGUCUUCUGUCAUAGAUUGUGAAGUUUAAUUUGGGCAAUCCUGUAGCCCUAAUCCUCUCCUUAGAAAGAUUGUACUGUGUUGGCGACAGCCUGCACUUUUAACAGCAUAAUUCUAUAAAUUAUACAGUCUGGGUGUCUAUGUAAGUCUUCCUAUUGAUGUCCAUUGUGGCCGUGGUCAUACUGAAGAACUGUAACUUAAUUACGAGGUCAUCGAGUCAAAUGACGAUGUUGCAAAUUAAACAAGCUGAAAAGUGAUCCAGACUCAUAGCAGUUUUCCUUAAGUUAACAAGGUAGGUUUUAAAAGUGGUAUGUUGUACAAAAAAAAAAAAUCUUAAAUAAAGCAUUGUUUGAAGAUCUUUA